UUUGAAGACUUUCCAAUCUAUCUAUCAGGCUACCAGAUUUUGAAGGAAAUCAAAAAAGAAAUUUUGCAGAGCCUCGAAAUGUAUCAGCUACACUUAGUAGCAGCUGUUGUUUUCAGUCUCAUCUUAGGAGUCAGCACAUUCAGUUAUAAGGAUGCUAAAAAUUGGGGCAAAAAAUAUCCAAAAUGUAAUGGAAAAAAACAAUCUCCCAUAUUUAUAAAGGCACCUGGCGUUAUGGGCUUUCUCGACUGGAAGAAAACACCACUUAAACUUACAGACUUUGAGAAAUCUCCAAAGAAAUUGACCAUCAAGAAUACUGGUCAUACUGUGGAAAUGACAGCCGAAUGGACUGGAAAGCCUCCAAGUUGUUCUGGAGGACCACUUCGUGGGAAAUACGUAUUUGGAAAAGCCACUUUUCUUUGGGACCCAAAAGGGUGGACUCACUCCGAAGAAUUAGUCCCGAUGGAAAAACAGGAUAUGGAGAUGCAUAUGUUUUUUUAUAGAACAGAUUUGAAAUCAUUUGAUAAAGCAGAAUCACAAAAGGGUGGUCUGGUAGCAUUCAGCAUGGAGUUCUCGAGUCGAUACGACAAUCCCGAAAAUUUGUUUGAUAAUCUGGAAAGAAGCUUGCAUAAGGUGCGUUCCCCAAAUACUACGGCAGAGGUACCAUCAUUUCCCUUUGCAGAUGAUUUUAAAGGAAUCAGUAGUAUGGUUCCCUUUACUUUUUACGAAGGCUCGUUAGACUAUCCACCUUGCUCGGAAUCUGUGUCUUGGUUCCUAGUGGUUAGUCGUGGUGCUAUUCCCAAAGGCCUGAUAAACGAAUUCACGAAAAUUAAAUUGGCAGAGGGGGACACGUCGAAUGUUAGACCUACUCAAGACUUAAACAAACGUAAAAUUUACACGGUGUAUACUUGGCAAGUAUGAAAGAAAUAAUUUUCGGUGACAGGCUGCGCUUGGGAAAGGUUUUCUGCAGUUUUCCUCUUUCUUCACCAAACGUUCAAGCAGAUACGAGUGCCUCUAAUAAAAAA